AUGGGCGUUGAUCUGUAUAAACUUACAGCCACCGAGAUCUCGGCGAAGAUCAAAGCAGGCGAAACCUCAGUCGAAGAAUACGCAAAAUCACUCCUCGGACGCAUCGAAGCUCGUGACGAAGCUGUUCAAGCAUGGGCAUACCUGGACCCUGAGUACGUUAUCAAGCAGGCGAAAGCACUUGAUGCCAUUCCACAGGCCGAGCGUGGUCCCCUCCACGGCGUGGCCAUCGCCGUAAAAGAUGUCAUCUACACUAAGGAAAUGCCAACGCAAUUCAACUCACCCAUAUAUGCCAACGAUGCGCCUCAAGUAGACGCUGGCUCCAUAGCGAUACUGCGCAAGAGCGGUGCACUCAUCUUCGGCAAAACAACAACGACCGAGUUUGCUGCGACAACCACAGGCCCAAAGACACGAAACCCGUACGACUCAAAACGCACGCCUGGUGGCUCUUCAUCCGGAUCUGGUGCCGCAGUAGGCGAUUUUCAAGCACCUAUCGGUCUAGGAACCCAAACCGGUGGCAGCACCAUCCGUCCUGGCUCGUACAAUGGCAUCUAUGCCCUUAAGCCCACAUGGAACUCUAUCACUCGCGAAGGUCAAAAGAUUUACUCUCUGAUUCUGGACACGUUGGGUCUCUACGCGCGUAGCGUGGCUGAUCUAGAACUCCUCGCCGAUACAUUCGCCAUUCACGACGAUGUGCCACCUCCAAAAGACUUCACAGUGAAGGGCGCGAAGUUUGCCCUUCUCAAAACUAUGGUCUGGCCAAGCGUGGGUCCUGGCACCUCCGCCGCACUUGACAAAGCCGUCUCGCUACUUCGUGCGCAUGGAGCCGAGGUUGAGGAAAUAAGCUUACCAGAUGACCUUAACGAUCUUCCGGCGUGGCACGCGGCCGUACUCAACUCUGACGGCCGAACCGCGUUUCUGCCAGAAUACACAGUGGCCAAGGAUAAGAUCUCGGAACAGCUGGUCGGCCACGUUGAGAACAGCGGGAAGAUCUCGCGCAAAGCGCAGCUCGAAGCUUUCGACAAGAUUGCGGCAGCGAGGCCGGUUGUGGAUGAGAUACUCGGCAGAUAUGCUGCGGUACUUACACCAAGUGUUCCGGAUGAGGCGCCACUGGGUAUUGAGAAGACGGGCAGUGCGGCGUUUUGUUUGAUCUGGACGGCACUGCACACACCAGUAGUCAACGUUCCAGGUUUCAAGGGCGAGAACGGAAUGCCAAUCGGAGUGUCGCUUGUUGCGCCUCGCUACCACGAUAGACGGUUGCUCGCGGUCAGCAGCAAGGUCGGUGAAAUCUUCGAAGCAGAAGGUGGAUGGAAGCGUUCUGUGUAG